GCCCAUUCAAGACGUUCCCCAACUAACCAUGUGUCGGUCUCUCUUUUUCUAGUUCCCCUCCUGCUGCUGCUCUGUGCCCAGUUUGUUUCCCUCGCUUCUUGUCCCACUAUAGAUCAUCUCUCCACGGCAUGCCCGCCGACCAUAUCAACAUCCCUCGCUCCCCAUUGCAUUGAACAGGGCCACGAGCCCGAGCAUUUGGCUUCGACCGGCCCUGCGACCGCCCUUGCGGUCCAUGAGCAUUCCGCUCCUGCUGACCCGCGGUGGGCGACGACGCUGGCAGCCGCCGAUUCCCUUCAGCAGAUGGCGCGCAAGGCCAAAGCGGUCAUUGCCGCCCUUUCGACUCUCAUCCUAUACAUUUCCAUCAACAGUCUCGUCCGUGUCGUCCGUCCCUCCGCCUGGAUCUGGUACGAGGAGGACAGGGACGAACCGAGCUGGCUGGCGACCUCGGGGUCAUGGUUCGACCGCAAGGCAUGCCGCUGGCUCAGCGUGUGCGGCGCGGCGCAUGUCCGCAUGGUCUCUGGCCGGUAUGGCCAUCGCGACCCGACGCACUGGUCGGAGCUGGGGGACGGCGAGCUGGCGCCAGAGAAACAACCGUGGCGCACAUUCUGGGCCGGCGGGGCCGAUAAGCACAAUCAGUCCGAGUGGGAUCCCGACGAGCGGGUUCGGCGGGAGAUCCCCGACUAUGUCUUCGACUAUGCCCCACUCAUCCAUCUCUAUUCCGGCGAACAGUUCUGGCCCGGCGAUAUCGCAGAGCAUUUGUAUCACACCACGCCCACCCUCAAUUACACCCCCAUCCAGGCCCAAUGGGACCAUCCGACCCUCGAGGACUUGGAUGAGCUGAACCAGUGGGAGGGGGGUCGACAUGUCUUUUUGACGAGCGAUGAUGACCCCACAACGCGUCCGCCGUGGCUGGAGGGUGAGCAGAAUAUCCCCCACGCGCCGGAAGACGGGGACGGAGAAGGAGAUCAUCGAGCGGAAGAGUCGUGGGCUGAUUGGGACGGCCGGGUUGACGGAGAAAUCCCGGGUGAGAGUGAUGAGGAUCGCGCCCAAUGGGACGACUUGAGACGAUAUACCGAGAAGGGACGGGAGCGGAUGGAGCAGGAGCAGCUUGCACGCGAGUCCGAGGAAGCCCACCGCCGCUUUAGACAGGAAUUACGGAAACGAUAUGGCGGCCACCCACCCAUCCAAGAGCCUCUCCAAGAAACUCGCGCGCAGGGGGCAGGAGGCCGUAGCGACGCUCCUGUGAUCUUGCUGGUGAUGGACAAGGGGAAUGGAAUUGUGGACGCAUUCUGGUUCUUUUUCUACAGCUUCAACCUGGGAAAUACUGUCGUCAAUGUGCGGUUCGGCAAUCAUGUUGGCGACUGGGAGCACUGUCUAGUGCGAUUUCACCACGGCCAACCGAAGGCCCUCUUUUUCAGUGCGCAUACCGCUGGUGAGGCGUACCGGUACGAGUCGGUGGAGAAAAUUGGACAACGACCUGUCAUCUACUCCGCCGAAGGAAGCCACGCGAUGUACGCCCACACGGGCGUCCACGAAUACAUCCUGCCCUGGGGUCUCCUGCACGACCUGACAGACCGCGGCCCGCUCUGGGAUCCCCUGCUGAACGUCAAGGGCUACACCUACGACUACGACACCGACUUCCUCCGUGCCUCGACCUUCACCCCGGACGCGCCCACAGAGUGGUUCUACUUCAAGGGCCACUGGGGUGACAAGUUCUACCCGCUCGGCGACCCCCGCCAGUACCGCUUCGCCGGGCAAUAUCACUACGUCAACGGGCCUAUUGGACCCCGGUUCAAACAUCUGAAUCGCCGCAAAGUGUGUCAGGGGCCUGAUCGGGAGCCUUGCGUGAUUAGGGAUUUUAUUGGGGAGGCGAAGCGUGCGCCACGGUGGGCGGAGGCUGGGCCGGGAGAGUGA